AUGAAAUCGCAGUCGGCUACGGCGGCUGCAGCUGCAGCAACAGCAGCAGCAGCGGGAGUAACAGUGUACGAUUCGAUGCUAGAAAAAGUUCGACAAAUGCAAUUUGCAUCAGGAGUAGCGCCAGUUGCUGAUCUUGGUGCUGCUGCCACAACUGUAGCAGCAGCAGCAGCUCCAACUGCUGCUGUUACGCCGACACUGCAACCAACUGCAGCUGCAGUUGCAGCGGCACUUCCAUUCCUACAAGGUAGCCCAAAUCCACUUGCUGCUUUCCCGGGUGCUGGAACACCGGAUGCAAAUAUAUCCCAGCUAGCAGCUGCUGCAUCAUUCUACCAUCAACUUGCAGCGUUGGAUCCCGGUGUACAGGUUGGUGCUGGGGAAUUUCCCCCAUUUUUUAAUUGCUUAGAUAAUUCUGCUGUUGUUCAUUCGUCAAGAAAUCAGCCUUGCCCGAUCGUUUUCCUGGAUUUGUUAUUAUUUGAGUGUAUUUUUCGGAUAUUUCGCAGAUUUUUCAUUGUUUUCAGUAAAUUGCCAUUCGGAAAUGCGGAGUCCUGA